AGACAUUAUUGCUGCAGUAGUCCUUUUGAAAAGUUAAUUUGACUGCACCAGAAGUAACAGCAGUUCUACUGAGAACUGAUGCACCACUCUCAAAAGAAUACAAACAACAAAAUGAAAUCAAACCUUAACCGUUCUUGUAAAAUGAAACGUGAUUAUGACUCCACGUCUCUUCGUGCUGGGUUUGCAUCAUUGAAAUGUGCUGUGGAGAAAACAAGACUGGAAAAAUCCUGCCCCUUGAAUCAUGAGGAAGGCUUUUGUAAAAGCUGUGAAGAAGCACAUCAGAAAUCUCUCCUUAGUGACUCAUACCAUGCAGCCGCCAGAAAUCUCAAUCUUGAAGAUGGAGAAAGACCCAUACAUAACAAAGAAAACAACCAAGUAACUCAGAGACUUGAUGAAGGUAUCUGUGAAAUGGAGACAAUGGAAAAUAGUAAACUUAAUGAGGACAGCGGUUAUUCCUCUAUGUUAAGUACUCACUAUGCUGAUGCAAUAGAACAUGAGGAUAGCUUACCUUUGGCUGGGAAUCUCUGUGGUACACCAAAGCAUUGUCUCAUGAAGAACCAAAUACAAGAACAGUUUUCAAAGAAGACACUGUUGCCAGUAAUCCAUUAUGAAGAAGUGAUUUGUUCAACUUUGAAAAAAAGUGGUAAAAGAAAUCUCAAGUCUUGGGCUGCUGUAGACAGAAUUGUUUCUAGGGGAAAAUUUGAACUUUGUAACUUAAUUGGAAGGAAAAUGGGGCUGGAUAGAAUAGACAUUCUUGCUGAACUCUUCCAAAAGAACCUGAAGCAUAUAUUAGCAAACAUUUUAAGGCAUCUCAGCGAGAUGGAUUUAGUAAACUUUGCCAAAGUCAGCACAACAUGGCAGAAGAUUCUACAAGAAGAUAAAUGGAUUUUCCAAAUGUAUAGCAGAGCUGUGAAAAACCUUUCUAAUGUCACUAAGGCACCAGAGCAUGCUGCAACAAGAGAGUACGUUCUCUACAGAGUGUCCUUAGCUUCCAUUCAGAAAGCAACUCCCCCAAAAAACUUGAACAAAAAAAGCACCAGAUCCAAAGCAUCUAGGAAUCACAGCAGGCUCAUGGAGUUUUCUGAGGCUGCCAGGAACUUGAAAAACACUGAAAGCCUUAAAGCCUGCCAUCGCUGUGGCUCACCUGCCAAGUAUGACUCCUACCUCCAAAGAGCAACGUGCAAUCGUGAAAGUUGUGGCUUUGACUUCUGCACUAAGUGCAUGUGCAGCUACCACAGCUUCAGUGACUGUAUGAGCAGCAAACCAGUGAAACACUACUAUGCACCAGGGCCACUUCCUGGGACUAAGAAAAGCAAACAGAAUCUAAGGAGAUUGUGAUCCAUCCCCCCCAAUAAAAAUUGUCAAAUAUCCCAUUAAAAUUUUUUUAGUCGUC